GCCUUCUCUGCCUCGCCGCUGUCGGCCAGGUACGCCCUGCGCCUCGAGGAGCUGCCUGUCGACCCCCCCCGCGCGGGCGCGCGCGCGGAGCUCCUGCUGGCGGACCCCGGCCGCGUCGCCCCGGUGCUCGACUCCGUGGAAGGCCUCCGCUGGCUACAGUCCACCUGGGCCGGCGUCAACGCGCUGGCGGCCUCGCGGCGACGGGACUUCACGUGCACGCGGCUCGCGGGCUGCUUCGGGGGGCAGAUGGCCGAGUACGUGCUCGGGGCGGUCUUCCUGGAGGACUGGCAGAGGCUCGGCGCCUUCCAGGCGAAGGCGGAGUGGGCACCCGGCCCCUUCAAGAAGCGGCCGCGCCUGUCCUCCCUGACCAUGGGGCUGCUCGGCGCGGGAGACAUCUCGGCCGUGAUCGCCAGACGCGCCGGAGCCUUCGGCAUGCGCACGGUCGCGCUGGCGACCUCUGGCGGGCCUCGCGACGGUUUCGACGAGGUGUGCACCGACCUCCCGCACGUGCUGCGCACCUCCGACGUGGUGGUCGGGGUGCUGCCGUCGACUCCGCAGACGAGGAGGGCCUCCUGGACGGGGGCGCGCUGGAGGCGUGCGGGGAGGCAACCCCCGAUCGUCAACGUCGGGCGCGGCGACGUCGUGUCCGAGGCGUCGCUGCUGGACGCCCUGAGGCCCGGCGGGCCUCUGCGCCGGGCGGUGCUGGACGUGUUCGCCGUGGAGCCCCUGCCGGAGUCCUCCGCGCUCUGGGCCCACCCGCGCGUGCAGAUCUCGCCGCACAUCCCCCCGUGCGUCGCGGCGGUGACGUACCCCGAAGACACGGCCGACCUCUUCGUGGAGAACCUCGCGCUGUGGCUCCAGGGGGCACCGCUGAAGUACGUCGUAGACUUGGACAAGGGCUACUGAUAAAUGUGUCAGGGGAGGAAAAGGUUUCGACCCAGACAUGUUCGCGUCAUGAUGAAAUAUAUCAUGACACGAGCUGUUUGCCAGCUUUCGGC